AUGACGCUUAACAAACACUCGCAGAAGAUUCACUUCAAAACUGAGUCGGAAUACACGAUGAAGUCUAUAAGGUUCCUGCUUUUAACAAUAACAACUAUGUUUAUUAUUAUUGCUGGUCUUAUGGUCGUGCUGGGAAUAUCAGUAUAUACGCACUACCACAACUUCUCUUUCUUUUAUGAGGCAGCUAAAAGUGGCCGAUUCGUAACACCGUCCCUACUGUGCGUUCUAUUCGGCAUGGGACUCUUCAUAGUGACGCUAUUUGGAUUCUUCGGUAGUCUUAAACAGAGCACGUGUUUGGUGAACAUGUACGCAUUUUUCCUGAUCAUUAUGGUGAUAUUGAAGAUCGUGGUUGUCAUUUUAUCAUUCACCAUCAGCACAGAUCAACUGCGUAGUUAUGUCAGGGUGCCCGUUGAACAAUACGUGGAGGACUCCGAAAUAAGUGUCGAAUUAGACGCUUUGCAAAAAUCGCUCAACUGUUGUGGUAGUACAUCUUACAAAGAUUACGCUGGGAUGAACUUCACUAGUUACCACGAUACAGUAGUUAUCAGUACCGACACGGAUACAAUAGUGGUCCCAACAUCAUGUUGCGCAAAGAGAGGUGACGUAUACUGCACCAGAAUAAGAAGUACUGGUUGCCAAAACGCGUUAGUCAAUAUGCUGGUGCAAAACUCCAGUGUGAUCGGCAUUCUCGGAGUUUCUGUCACGUUUAUUCAGAUUCUUGGGAUAAUAUUUGCCUUGUUGCUGGCAAAGUGCAUUCGUAAGAUGAAAAGCGAAAAGGCACUAAUACAAUGGAAAAUAAGAGAACAAAUGAUUCUGGCUCAAAAAUCAGAAGCUGUGGAUAACACAGUCUAUAUUGGUCAUACAGAAUCAAGCCAUGCAUAA